AUCAGGCCCCAUUUGCAGCAGGAGCGGAGACUGAAAACAACAGAUUAUUUGAAAUCUAAAGCCUCAGAAGCACAAUGAGAUGAAUGCGAUUGCCUUGGGCUCCUCUCACCAAAUAACAAUUCACCUUCGCAAGAUUAAGCAUAUUUCGCCUUCCGAGAUGCUGUUUUUUGUGUUUCUUUCUCUUCUUUAUGCUGGAGUGUCAACUACUUCAGUCCAGGGAAAGUUCUCCUCCUACUCUGGAGAAUAUGGUGGUAGUGGUGGGGACCAUUUUGAUCAAUCAAGUAACCAGCUGGAAGGCCCUGUAUCAGCUUUGAAAAUAAGGUCAAAUGACAGUUGUAUAUUAAGCAUCCAGGUUCGCUAUGGUGACACAUGGUCCAGCAAUGAAGGAAGCACAGCCGGCAGCCCAUCUGACAUGCGCUUGGCCUUCGGAGAGGGGCUGGUGCAGGCGCAUGGCCGUUUUGGAAACUCUGUGGAAUAUCUGGCCUUCCGCACCAACUUGGGCCAUGUCUUUGCCUUCGGGUCGAGUUCUGGUUUGGGAACGUCUUUCACUGCAGAGCCUGCAUACCCCAACACAGUUCUGCGGUUCAUCAGUGGAAGGUCGGGAUUGCUGGUCAAUGCCAUUGGUUUCCACUGGGACGAAGAGCAAUGGAUUAGGGGAUGGAAUGAAUCCAUUCACUCCCCAAAUCCACCACCAGUGACCCAGAUAUAGAUCUCUCUACCUUUGGUCAUCACCCUUGAAAUCAAUAAAAAUUCCCAAAGUUAAACAAUGGCUCCCUUUUACUAUGUCCUUUGGAUCUUGAGGGUAUGGGAAAAGAAAAGGUGAAGGGGAGUGACAUGCUUCUGUUGCUCAUAUCCUUGUUCUGAUAGUCCCUUCAUUAAUUUUGAUUUUGCUCAUUAAAGAGAGGUUGAGAUCAAAACAUGGAUCAAAGCACUAAGAAAGUAGUACAAUCCUCCUGCACAGCUAACUCUAUCCAGAGACACAGUGGGACUUCUACAGAAAAGGUGGAUGUUC